GCUCAGCUGUUGGUUGUGAGGCGAAACUUUUGCCCAUAACCUCGUCUUGUGUUUAACUCAUGAGCCGAAAUUUUAAUCGAAGUUAAAUAAAAAUAUUUUGUAGUAUAACUGAAAUACGCGGUAGUUAAAAGUUGCGAUAAAUAUGUUCUCUUUUCUAAAGAGUCGUCCAGUUUUUUGGGCAAGUGUCACAGGAACCACGGUGGGUUUUGCAUUUUUUAUUAAGGAUUUAAUGCAAGGAGAAAAGUUUGUAAAUCCCAUAAGAGCCGAGGAUAAGGUAGUGAUUGUGACCGGGUCCAACACAGGUAUUGGAAAGGAAACCGUGCGGGAGCUGGCUUAUCGUGGUGCCACCAUUUACAUGGCCUGUCGAGAUAUACAGAAAUGCGAAGAGGCCCGUGAUCAAAUCGUUUUAGAAACUCAUAACAAACGCAUCUACUGCCGGAAAUGCGAUUUAGCAUCGAUGGACUCGGUUCGUAAAUUUGUUGAAAGUUUUAAAAAAGAGCAGGUGAAACUGGAUAUUCUGAUCAAUAAUGCUGGUAUUAUGCGUUGCCCGCGUUCGCUUACAAAAGAUGGUUUCGAAAUGCAGUUGGGUGUCAAUCACAUGGGUCACUUUCUCCUCACUAAUCUACUUCUCGAUUUAUUAAAAAAAUCUGCGCCAAGCCGUAUUGUUACUGUGUCUAGUUUAGCGCAUACUCGUGGAGAAAUCAAUAUAGCGGACUUAAAUAGUGACAAAUCGUACGACCCAGGUAGAGCUUACAAUCAAAGUAAAUUAGCUAAUAUAUUAUUUACACGUGAACUUGCAAAACGUUUAGAAGGCACUGGUGUAUCAGCUAAUGCGCUGCACCCAGGCGUUGUAGACACGGAUCUUUUCCGACAUAUGGGCUUUUUUAAUAGUUUCUUUGCCAACUUAUUCUUCAAACCACUAUUUUGGCCUUUCAUUAAGUCAGCUAAAAAUGGUGCUCAAACCACCCUGUAUGCUGCCUUAGAUCCAGAAUUAGUCAGUGUAUCAGGAAAGUAUUUCAGCGAUUGUAAUUUGAAAGACGUAGCGCCAGCUGCUCUGGAUGAUGCGCAGGCAAAGUGGUUAUGGGCUGUAAGCGAAAAAUGGACUAAGUUGAACAAUUGAGUAAUUAAUAUUUUACAUUUGUACAAUAAUAAAAUUAUGUCUGCCUUAAAAAUUGUUUUAUCUUUGUGUAUAAAAUAGUCGGCAUUGUAAGACAUAUAAUGUUUUAGAAACUUUCAAUAAUAAUUUUUCGCAUAUA